AUGGAUAGAAUCAGAAAAAUUUCAGAUCAAUGUGAUGGUUUACAAGGGUUCCUAUUCUCUCACUCAUUGGGUGGGGGGACCGGUUCUGGUCUAGGUUCCUUGUUACUAGAACAACUAUCUGCAGAUUAUGGUAAGAAAUCAAAGUUGGAAUUUGCCGUAUACCCUGCUCCACAAGUGGCAACUUCAGUGGUGGAACCUUAUAACACUGUAUUGACAACACAUACUACCCUAGAACACGCCGAUUGUACAUUUAUGGUUGAUAACGAAGCCAUCUACGAUAUGUGUAAGAAAAACCUCGGUAUUGCUAGACCAAGUUUCUCCAACUUAAACAAUCUAAUCGCCCAAGUAGUAUCAUCAGUGACUGCAUCUUUGAGAUUCGAUGGUUCUCUAAAUGUGGAUUUGAAUGAAUUCCAAACCAACUUGGUGCCAUACCCAAGAAUUCAUUUUCCAUUAGUUUCCUAUGCUCCAAUCUUGUCAAAGAGUAAAGCUAGUCAUGAAUCUAAUUCAGUUUCUGAAAUUACAAAUGCUUGUUUCGAACCUGGUAACCAAAUGGUGAAGUGUGAUCCAACUACAGGUAAAUACAUGGCUACAUGUUUACUAUAUAGAGGUGAUGUCGUUACAAGAGAUGUGCAAGCCGCUGUGACACAAGUAAAAAAUAAGAAGACUGUUCAAAUGGUCGAUUGGUGUCCAACUGGUUUCAAGAUUGGUAUUUGUUAUGAACCACCAACUGCUACUCCAGAAUCACAAUUAGCUUCUGUUGAUAGAGCUGUUUGCAUGCUAUCCAAUACAACUGCCAUUGCUGAAGCAAGGAAGAGAAUAGAUAAGAAAUUCGAUUUAAUGUAUGCCAAACGUGCAUUUGUACAUUGGUAUGUCGGUGAAGGUAUGGAGGAAGGUGAAUUUACAGAAGCCAGAGAAGAUCUCGCUGCAUUAGAAAGAGAUUACAUUGAAGUUGGUGCUGACUCAUAUGCUGAUGAAGAAUUCUAA